AUGAGGCUCGCAUCAGGGGGCUCUGCGUACCGAAUCACCAUCCCAGGGAUGCGCGCCCGCUCCUCGACUGGUAUGCGGUUAUAUACCUACCUUGAUAUACAUACCUUGGUCGGCCAAUUCACACAUGCAGAUACGUACGUACUGGACGCGAACCCCGGCAACGGCGUACCCAGCGCCCCCGAGGCACCGCGCAGCUACGAGCGCAGCCCGUACCCCCUGUCAGCCAUCAUUGGCAACCAGGCCGCGAAGCUGGCGCUCAUCCUGACCGCCGUCGAGCCGGCCCUCGGCGGCGUCGUCCUCGCGGGGCCCCGCGGCAGCGGAAAGACGCUCAUGGCGCGCGCCCUGAGCUCGCUGCUGCCACCGCUCGACGUCGUCAAAGGCAGCAUCGCGAACGCGGACCCCGACGACCCGAGCACGUGGGAGGACGGGCUCGGGGCCGAGGGGAUGGAGCGGGACGUCCGGCGCGCGCCCUUCGUCACGGUGCCCCUGGGCGUGACGGACGACAGGGUCAUCGGGACGGUGGACGUGGAGCGAAGCAUCGCGGCGGGGCGGCCGGUCAUCAUGCCCGGCCUGCUCGCGGAGAGCAGCCGCGGGAUCCUGUACCUCGACGAGCUCAACCUCAUGGACGAGGCGACCGCGAACCAGAUCCUCGCCACGGUCGCGGCGGGGAGGAACGACGUGGAGCGCGAGGGCCUGUCCUUCUCGCACCCCUGCCUCCCAAGCGUCCUGGCCACCUUCAACCCGGCCGAGGGGCCCGUGCGCCCGCACCUGAUCGACCGCUUCGCGGUCGUGCUCCCAACCGAGCGCCUCGCGACGCCCCAGCGCGCCGCCGCCGCACACGUCGCCGACGCGUUCGCCGCCGCGCGCUCCGACGCCGACACGGAGGAGUACGCGCAGCUCCGGGCCUUCUUCGAGCAGCAGGAGGCCCUGACGCGCACACGCAUCGCGGCGGGAAGGCUGCUCCUGCGCGAGGGCACGGUUCAAAUCCUGCCGCGGCACAUUUCAAGCAUCUGCGCGGCGUGCUCGCAGUAUGGCGUGGAGGGCAACCGCGUGGAGGUGCAGGCCACUCGUGCUGCGCUCGCAUCGGCGGCCUACGCAGGGAGGCAGCGGGUGGGCCCCACGGACGUGCGCCUCGCCGUCGACCUGGUCAUCAAACCGCGUGGCGUGGCGCCGCCGCAGCUCGCGCCCGCGCCCCCUCCGCCGCCGCCGGCCGCGGGCGCCGCCGACGACGACGACGCGGCGGACGAAGAGGGCGAAGAGGACGACGCGGGCGAGGGCCCUCCGUCGGACGAGGAGGACGUAGUCCUGCCGGAAGAGUUCAUGAUCGAAGCCGAAGACAUCUCUCUCGACCCCGCCGUACUGGCCUCCGGGGUCUUCGCGCGGCAGCGCCAGGGCGGCGGCGGACGCGAGAAGAAGCAUGUCAUCUUCUCCGAGACGCGCGGCCGAUACGUCAAGCCGAUGUUUCCCAAGGGCCGCCCGAAGCGGCUUGCCAUCGACGCCACGCUGCGAGCGGCGGCGCCGCACCAGCGCGCGCGCAGGGCGCGACGCGACGCCGCGCCGCAGGAGGCCCAGCGCGCCCGGCGGCCCCGCGUGAUCGUCGAGCGCGACGACCUGCGCGUGAAGAGGAUGGCACGGAAGGCGGGCGCGCUGGUCGUGUUGGUCGUGGACGCGUCUGGCAGCAUGGCGCUGAACCGGAUGGCGUCCGCGAAGGGUGCGGCGCUGCAGCUGCUGUCCGAGUCGUACAUCCGGCGCGACCAGGUCGCGCUGAUCGAGUUCCAUGGGAUGACGGCAGACGUGCUGCUGCCACCAACGCGGGCGCUGGCGAUGGCGCAGCGGCGGCUCGAGGUGCUGCCGUGCGGCGGCGGGUCGCCGAUGGCGCACGCUCUCAUGCUCGCUCUGGACGUCGCGGAGACGGCAAGGAAGCGGGGGUCGGUCGGACGCGCCGUAGCCGUCCUGAUCACGGACGGCCGCGCCAACGUGCCGCUGUCCGUCAGCCGCGGGGGCUCCGCGGCGCAACCGCGCGAGCCGAGCGCGCGCGGCGCCCCGCAAGAGCCCCCUGCGCCAUCUGCGUUGCACAUCCGGUCAGGGGUCACGGAGCAGAUCGUGGUGGACGUCCCGAAGGCCGACGUGCACGCGGAGGUGGUGGAGACCGCGCGGAGGCUGCAGGCGGCGAAGAUCGACCUGGUUGUGGUGGACACGGAGCUGCCGCAGCUGCGGCGCGGAAAGGGGCUCGGGCAGGAGGUGGCGGACGCAGCCGGCGGGAUGUACGUGAGCCUGCCGGGGCACGACGCGGGCGUACGGGCCACAGCCAGCGCCGCAGCCGCGGCCGUCGCCAAGUAG